UAAGGAGAUAAGCUUGCAGGGCCUCCUCCGCCUUUAGCUCGGCCUAUCAAUGCCCUCUCCUCUGCAUUGAUUACAACGUGCCCCGGCGGUACGUGAUGAGAGGGCAACGAGGACGGAUGCUGCUGGUGCACUCUGCACGGGUUACUAGUGCGCAGUGACAUGAAGCAUGCAAGGACUGGCGAUCGUCUCUUAUCCAAUCGAUGCAGCUUUACACGGCGGCAGCCAUAUGGAUAUGUUUUGUAGAUCGCUGCUUUGAUCCGUUGCUUCCUCACAAAGAAUCUGCCGAUGCCUCUUGGCUCAUCUUCCAAACAGUCAACAGCUGAGCCACGAUGCAUAACGUUAUGGGAAAAGAAGUGGUCAAAGUCGUAGGGGAAGAAAGCUUGACGUUCUGCAGUAACCAGCAUCCUUAAAAUUGCAGGCAAGACUGCAUCCACUGUUCACAUCUCAUGGUAUGAUCGAGUCAGCAAGAUGGACAAUUGGGUCCUCGUUCCAAUCUUCCACCGCAGAAAAGAAAAAGCUCGGCUGACAUAAGUCGAAUCGAAUUCUUCUUCGCUACGUAUUGUUACUGCAAACUCCUGUCGUAAAGCCACCAAAUGUUUCAGGCCUUUAUGUAUAAAUGGGCGGAGCUGAGCUGAGCAGAGCAGAGCACUCAGUCUUGCCUUUUGACCGUAGUCCAACUUCCCAUUCCUCUUUAUCUCCUCGAUGUCUCGUGUCUUGUUGUUGCAGAAUUUGGUUUCCUUCUUCCUCUGCCUGCUUCUCCAUUCUCUGACAGGAGAAGGUGUCGCAUUCACAUUCGUGAAUAGAUGCGGCGACACGAUCUGGCCGGGCGUUCUCUCCGGUUCAGGCAGCCCGAGGCUGGAGACCACCGGCUUCGAGCUCCCCGCCGGCUCCAGCCGUACGCUGCCGUCCCCUUCCGGCUGGUCCGGCCGCUUCUGGGCCCGCACCGGCUGCUCGUUCGACGCGGCCGGCCGCGGCUCCUGCGCCACCGCCGACUGCGGGUCCGGGCAGGUGGAGUGCAACGGCGCAGGUGCCGCCCCCCCGGCGACCCUCGCGGAGUUCACGCUCGACGGCAGCGAUGGGAGGGACUUCUACGACGUGAGUCUCGUGGACGGCUACAACCUGCCGAUGCUGGUGGAGGCCGCCGGCCGGGAGGGGUGCGCCGCCAGUGGGUGCGCGGCGGACCUCAACCGGCUGUGCCCGGCGGAGCUGAAGGUCGGGCACGGGGACUCGGCGGCGUGCCGGAGCGCGUGCGGGGCCUUCGGGCGGCCCGAGUUCUGCUGCAGCGGCGAGUACGGCAGCCCCGACAGGUGCCGGCCGUCCGCCUACUCGCAGAUGUUCAAGUCCGCGUGCCCGCGAUCCUACAGCUACGCCUUCGACGACGCCACCAGCACCUUCACCUGCGCCGGCUCUCAGGGUUACUCCAUCACCUUCUGCCCCGAGUCCUCCCCGAGCCAAAAAGCCACCAUGAAUCCUUCACCGACAACAACAGAACCAGUGCUGGAAGAUGGCCCUUGGCUGGCAAGCUUGGCCUCCGGAGAUGCGAACCCAGCAAGGAGAAGAGCUAAUUCCUUCCUCCUCCUACUACUACUAGUACUACUACCAUCAGCAGUCACUGCGACUCUCCUGUUUGCUUUCUCGUAAAUGUGGAAAGCUCACUCUCUUUGGGGUGUGUCAGAACAAAGGCACACACUACCUAUAAAAGGAGUUGGGUCGUCUUCAAUACAAAGCUGAAGUGGCGGAGCAUCAACGAUCGUAGGGAAACAUUGUUCUCUUCCAAGAUGUACAGUGCUGGUAAUAAAUAGCUCAAGCAUGGUGUAGUAUGGUCAUUUCUUGGUCAGUUUCCUUCUGAAAGAAACUAUACUAGAUUGGAUUGUAGAUCCGAUAUCCGCAGUCAAUUUCUUCGUUCAAAGCUUCAAAGAGCUGAAAUCAUCAUUUGUAAACCGACGAAUCACAAGCAUAAUUUGUACUUCAA